CUACUAUCUUACGCCUCCCACCUUAUCAUACGCCUAAACAUCUUAUCCUACGCAUCUUCCCUUCCAUUAAGACCUAGGGUUUUCUCUUUUCUCUCUCUCUCUCCCAUCAUUCUCUUCUCCCGAUCUCAUUUCCAUUACCCAAUCCCGCUCCUUUAUCUCUAAUUUUUGAAUCGAACCCUUAAUACCCAACAAAUCUCACGGUUCCGAGGAGUGGGUUUUGGGGUUAGGGUUCUCGAGAGAUGUUGAAUGUCAGGUUCAUUGAUGAAUCUGUUUUCUCUCUGCUUCAAGCCAUUCGGGCACAUCUGUGAUAAUUCCGAAGCUGGAUCGGGUGGUGGUGGUGGCGUUUCUGGUGGAACCGGUGGUGAAGGCAAAGACGGACUUCUCUGGUUUCGUGAUCUCGGUAAAUAUUGCGGCGGAGAUUUCUCCAUGGCUGUGAUUCAAGCCAAUCAGGUUCUUGAAGAUCAGAGCCAGAUCGAAUCCGGCAAUUUCGGGACUUUCGUUGGUGUUUACGAUGGUCAUGGUGGUCCUGAAGCUGCUCGUUAUGUCUGUGAUCAUCUCUUUAACCAUUUUCGAGAAAUAUCAGCGGAGACACAAGGAGUUGUGACAAGAGAGACAAUACAAAGGGCCUUUCAUGCGACCGAAGAAGGAUUUGCUUCAAUUGUGUCAGAGCUGUGGCAAGAAAUACCAAAUUUGGCAACUGUUGGCACUUGUUGUUUAGUUGGAGUGAUAUAUCAAAAUACUCUUUUCGUGGCUAGCCUCGGAGAUUCACGGGUUGUUCUUGGAAAGAAAGGCAACUGUGGUGGACUCUCUGCUAUUCAGCUGUCGACUGAACACAAUGCCAACAAUGAAGAUAUUCGUUGGGAACUCAAGGACUCACAUCCUGAUGACCCGCAGAUCGUUGUGUUCAGGCAUGGAGUUUGGAGAGUUAAAGGCAUCAUUCAGGUUUCGAGGUCUAUAGGAGACAUGUACAUGAAACGGCCUGAAUUUAACAAGGAGCCAAUCAGUCAAAAGUUCAGACUUGCAGAGCCAAUGAAGAGACCAUUGAUGUCUGCAACACCGACCAUACUCUCUCAUCCUCUGCAUCCUAAUGAUUCGUUUCUCAUUUUUGCAUCGGAUGGUCUAUGGGAACAUUUGACUAACGAAAAAGCAGUUGAGAUUGUUCAUAACCAUCCCCGUGCUGGAAGCGCAAAGAGACUGAUAAAAGCUGCUCUUCACGAGGCAGCGAGGAAACGUGAGAUGAGAUAUUCAGAUCUAAGGAAGAUUGACAAGAAAGUGAGACGCCAUUUUCACGAUGACAUCACGGUUAUAGUGGUGUUCUUGAACCAUGACCUCAUAUCCAGAGGCCACAUCAACACAACCCAAGACACAACAGUCUCUAUACGGAGUGCUCUUGAACACUGAAAACCAAAAACAUUUUACAACAAUGUUUCUUAUUACUUGGUUAUAUGACUUUUGCCUAGAAUGAAUAAAAGCUAGGCAACAUAUGGAAAAAAAAAAACAAAAAUGAAAAAACGACAUCAUUAUCGUACGUAAUGAGUUAUCUCUUGUAUUAAGCGGCUAUGUUUGACUCUGGUGUUUCUCUUCAAGUCUGCAUAGUUCUGUUCUGAUGAGUUGGUCUUUUACAUCUUGACGUUUGUCAAAGACUGGUGCCGUUUUGCUUAUCUCAUUGUUAUGUAAAAGUCUGUAAUGUAACAUAGCUGUGUAACCAUACUAUUGUCGAAUGUAACAUCAAGCUUCUAAUCAUAAGUUCUUUUAUUUA